GUGUCUUUAUAACGCUCAUCACGACCUCACUACUAACGACUCCUGCUCCAAUGCGGAUCUCACUUUUAUCCCUAGCUUUCCUCACUGGGCCCGUGCUUGCCCAGGUUCCCCUUCCACAACCUCCCUUUAUGCCACCAAAUGCAUCUUCGGGUGCCGUACCAUCAUCAUCAGGAGGGGUACCGAACGCUCAAUGGUCUACUCUACUAGGCAACCUAUUGUAUUUCUACGAGGCACAAAGAAGUGGAAAACUCCCAAGCACCAACCGUGUUCCAUGGAGAAACGACAGUGCUGUUAACGAUGGCUCAGAUGUUCACCUGGAUUUGAGUGGCGGCUAUUACGACGCUGGAGAUUACAUCAAGUGCACAUUUCCGCUGUCUUUCACUGUAAUGUCAAUCUGCUGGGGAGCAACAGAUUUUGGAAAAGGUUACGACUUAGCAAAUCAGACCCCUUACUUGGAUGACAUGCUGCGGUGGAGUCUGGAUUGGCUCAUGAAAGCUCAUCCUUCCAACGACACUUUAUUUGUUCAGAUAGGAGAUACUGAUCUGGACAAUGCAUAUUGGGGAGGUGAUCAAAAUAUACCAGAGCCACGGCCGUCAUAUCAAAUUAACAACACUAGCCCAGGAACCGAUGCCGCUGCAGGCGUAUCCGCAGCGUUUUCUGCCUGCUCGAAUCUCUAUUCCAACCGUCUGUUUUCAAGUAACUACUCUGGCCCCGCGACACUUCAAAAUUCAACUUACGCGGCUGAACUACUCCAACAUGCCCAGACUUUAUACUCUUUUGCAGUGAGCGCCUCGCAGACUGAAUACCAAAAUUCCGUGCCCGUUGCGGGAGAUGCGUACGCUUCAUCUGGUUACGGUGAUGAGUUGACCCUUGCCGCAUUGUUCCUGGCCUGGGCAACAAAUUCUUCGUCGUUGUACCAAGAUGCUGAGAACUAUUAUACGAAGUUUGGGUUGGGUGGUUAUGACGGUGUCUUCAACUGGGACUCCAAAACUCCCGGUAUACCUGUAUUAUUUGCACAGAUUGCACAAGCGAACCCAGGUUUUGGUGGCGGCAACAUUUCGACGUGGCAGUCACAAGCUGAGAACUAUUUCGAUGGCAUCGUCAAUGGUAGUGGCAGUGGCUACAUGACGCGUGGCGGAUUACUUUACUAUACUGGGGACUCGGACGAAGCUAGCGUGAACCCGUCUCUUAACGCAGCCAUGCUUUUGACGAGAUACGCCCAGAUAGCUUCUAGUCAAAACAAGAAGAGUUCCUACUUGAAUUACGCCAAGAGUCAAGUUGACUACGUUUUGGGUAAAAACCCUAUGUCAGCUCCGUAUAUCGUGGGCUCCAAUCCUAAUUCCCCUGCAAACCCUCAUUCCGCCAUGGCAAGUGGUGGCAAUGAUACCAACAAUAUCAAUACUUCCCCUAUGCAGGAGGCAUACGUUCUGUAUGGGGCUAUUGUCGGGGGACCUGACCAAUAUGAUAGGUUCUUUGAUAUAAGGGGUGAUUGGCCAGAAACUGAGGUGGCGCUAGAUUACAACGCUCCUAUGUUGACUUUAGCAGCGAUGCAUGCCCUCAAUGACUCAUCUGAUCCAUUCUUCACCUCUUUGCAACCAGGCGCAUACAGUCAAAAACAACCACAAGGCUUCCCUUGCGAUGCUGCCUACUCGCAGGGCUGUGGAGGGCCUCGUCUCAGUAAAGGUGGAGAGAUUGCGAUGGCGGUUAUAAUCGGUGUCGUGGGAUUGACCAUAUUCUCUUUGAUUGGCUGGCUCUUUCUUUUAUCUUUCCAGGAUGGAAAGAUGGGUUGAAAUUUCACUUAUCUGAUAUUAUCUGGACUAUAUAUACGACUUCGUUUUCGCAUUUGAUAUUUAGUAUUUUGGGUUUGGUUUGCUUUUUGCGGGGACUUUAUUCACACCUUUUCUUUUCCCAUUUUUUCUGACCUUGCUUCGCUAUUCACAUCUACAAUCAACGACAUUAAUGAUCAUAUUAAAUGCUAGUCAUGAUUUCCGUCAUCUAUCAGUAAACCUCCAAUACAUAUCUUUCCUCUUC